AUGCGGUCAGAUGGUGAAAGCAGGGAGGAAGAGAGACAAGAUGGAGAGGAUAAGGGAGGAGCUGAUAGGGAAGUCUAUGAUAAAAGGGAUUUGAGAAAGGGGAAUGCGGAUGAUGAGGGGAAUGGGGAUAAUGAGGGGAAUGGGGAUGAUGAGGGGAAUGAGGAUGAUGAGGGGAGUGCGGAUGACAAGGGGAAUGGGGAUGAUGAGGGGAAUGGGGAUGAUGAGGGGAAUGAGGAUGAUGAGGGGAAUGAGGAUGAUGAGGGGGAUGGGGAUGAUGAGGGGAAUGAGGAUGACGAGGAAAAUGGGGAUGAUGAGGGGAAUGAGGAUGAUGAGGGGAAUGAAGAUGAUGAGGGGAAUAGGGAUGAUGAGGGGAAUGAGGAUGAUGAGGCGAAUGGGGAUGAUGAGGGGAAUGGGGAUGAUGACGCGAAUAGGGAUGAUGAGGCGAAUAAGGAUGAUGAGGGGAAUGAGGAUGAUGAGGCGAAUGAGGAUGAUGAGGGGAAUGAGGAUGAUGAGGCGAAUAGGGAUGAUGAGGCGAAUGGGCAUGAUGAGGGGAAUGAGGAUGAUGAGGGGGAUGAGGAUGAUGAGGGGGAUGGGGAUGAUGAGGGGAAUGAGGAUGACGAGGAAAAUGGGGACGAUGAGGGGAAUGAGGAUGAUGAGGGGAAUGAUGAUGAUGAGGGGAAGGGGGAUGAUGAGGGGAAUGAGGAUGAUGAGGGGAAUGAGGACGAGGAGGGGAAUGAGGAUGAUGAGGGGAAUAAGGAUGAUGAGGGGAAUGAGGAUGAUGAGGGGAAUGAGGAUGAUGAGGGGAAUGAGGAUGAUGAGGGGAAUGAGGAUGAUGAGGGGAAUGAGGGUGAUGAGGGAAAUGAGGAUGUGUCAGGGAAUGGAAGAGACAAGGCUGUGAGGAUGGUGGUGCGUGAAAGAGAUGGAGAGGAGGGCGGAUACCCUUUGAAGGGAGGUGGGUGA